AUGAAUAAGGAUAAGGUUUUGGUUGUUGGAUGUGGAGGAAUAGGAUGCGAAUUGUUAAAGCUACUUUCAAGAGAAAAUAUUAGAAGUGUGACAAUGAUUGACUGUGACAUAAUUGAGCUAUCGAAUUUGAAUAGACAGUUCUUCUUCACACACAAUGAUGUUGGCAAGAGCAAGGCGGUGGUUGCAGCAAGCAUAUUUGCACGGAUGUGCACAAGUGAAUGCACUGUGCAGCCAAUAUGUGCAAGAAUUGAGGAGUUUGAUGCAUGUUUUUUUGCAGAGUUUGACAUGGUCUACUGCUGUUUGGAUAAUGUUGCAGCACGUGUUUAUGUGAACCAGAGAUGUGUUUUUUCAAGUGCAUGCAUGAUUGAUGCAGGAAGUGGGGGAUUCAAGGGUCAGGCAUACUACUUUGGGAAUGAUAUAGUCAAUGGUAGUAGAUAUGAAUGUUUUGAUUGCAUUCCAAGAGGAGUAACCAAGGAGCAUGCAGUGUGCACUAUUCGCUCUAGACCAAGUUGCUUUGAGCAUUGUAUAGUGUGGGCAAAACACGUCUUUCUUGCAAUGAAGAUUGAAGUGCACGGGGAUCCUGAACAAUAUUACUAUACAAACCUGAAGAGUAUGGUGGAAAAUUGUGAAUGCACGCAUGAUGCUCUGGAUCUUGAUCUUUUUAGAAGUAGUGAGGAGUAUGCGUACAAAGUAAGAGAUAUUAUGAAGACAAUUAAUGCAAUUGGUAUUCCAGAAUUCAAUAAGGAUGAUAAAUCUGUUCUUGAGCUGGUGUAUAAUGUUGCAUUUAUUCGUGCAAAAAUUGCAGGAAUUGAACCGAUGUCCUUUGAUAAUGCAGUUACUGUGGCAGGAAGUAUCAUCCCAUCAAUAAGCACGGCUAAUUCAAUAAUUGCGUCUUUGAUGAUUUUAUGUGCAAAUAGUAAAUGUAAUUAUUACUUAGUCAAUAACAGUAACAUUAUUAGAAGGAUGGAAAGGUGUGUAAGUAGAGAAGGAUGUCCAACAUGCUCUUUGAAGUGGUAUGUUCUUUCUUACUCGCGCGAUGUGACAUUCAAGAGUCUUAUAAGGUGCUUCCGAGCAAAACACAUGGAGCUCCAGGCAUUUUCAGAUGCUGAUGUAUUUCUUACGCCAGCCAUGAAAGAUGCGCAUGAUAAAAAGCUCAAGCUUAGAAGCAAUAGCACUGUAGAAGUUGUUUGCUCAAGGAACUCGGUCACUAGAAAGAUCGGUUUGUAUAUUAUGAAGCAUGAUCGAUGCAUGUCAUUAAGAAAGAUGGAUUCCAAGAUAUUCACUGCGAGUAAUCGAUCGGGUGAUGCAUGCAAUUGA